UUGUGUCACAAAGAGAUGUAAUCAGUUUUAAAUAUAAAGAGAUUUUCAAAAUAAAUUUAGAUAUUCAAUUACCGAUAUUAUAAUGGAUUCAUAUAUAAUGCAGGUGAGGCGUAUGUGGUUAAAUCAGGAUGGUGAUACUUUAGCGGAUCUACUAUCUUUACGACACAAUCAUGUUUCAAUUUCACAAAUUGGAUCUGAAACUGCAAUAACAAAAACAAUGGAACAUUUAUCUGCCCCUCUUGAUGAUUUAGUGCUUUAUCAUUUAAAAACUAUAGCAGCAAUGAACAAAGAUGAUCCAUUGUCUAUGUAUAAUUACCAAAGUUCUUCAGUUCAAUCUUUAACAAAAAUUCUUCAAAUGCAAAAAGAAGAAAAUUGGAUGUUACCUGUUAUGAAUGUAAUGUGCCUAGAAUUAAGAUUAUUAGCAGUUUGUGCUGAAAGUACAAAAACCAAUAAGAAUAUGAAACCUGGAGAAAUUUUAGAAAAAUGUGCAGAUUGUCUGAUGGGUUGUUUUCGAGUGUGUGCUUGUGACAAUCGUAGUUCUGAAGAUGAUACUAAAAGAUGGGGAAUGUUGGCAUUAGUUAAUCAAUUGUUAAAAAUUUAUUUUAGAAUUAAUAAAUUACAUCUAUGUAGACCUCUAAUAAGAGCAAUAGAAUCAUCACCAUAUAAAGCACAUUUUGCAUUAGCACAACAAAUUACUUAUAAGUUCUUUGUGGGUCGUAAAGCAAUGUUUGAUAGUGAUUAUAAAGCUGCUGAUGAAUAUCUUACUUAUGCCUUUGAACAUUGCCAUAAACAAUCUUCUAAAAACAAACGAUUAAUUUUAACUUACCUUGUGCCAGUGAAAAUGUUAUUAGGAUACAUGCCUAAACAUAGCUUGUUGCAAAAAUAUAACUUAAUGGAAUUUGGGGAAUUGAUGGAAGCUGUUAAGAAAGGAGAUCUACGCAAUCUUGAAAAAGUGAUGGAAAAACAUGAAUUAUUUUUUAUUGGAGCAGGAAUAUAUUUAAUUGUGGAGAAAUUGAAAAUAAUAGCAUAUAGAAAUUUAUUUAAAAAAGUGUACUUAGUAUUAAAUAUACAUCAAAUUCCUAUUCAAGAUUUACUUUCAGCUCUAGAAAUGCAUGGAAUUGAUGAUGUAGAUAUGGAUGAAGUAGAAUGCAUUGUUGCAAAUUUAAUAUAUGAAGGAAAAAUUAAAGGUUACAUAUCUCAUCAACAUAAAAAGUUAGUUAUUUCUAAGCAAAACCCUUUUCCACGACUUUCAACUGUACCAUAA